UAUAUACCCUGAAUAUAACUGUCUUGAAAGACAAUUUCGAAAAAAAUCAUUUUACAAUUUUAUAUAAAUAUUAAAAUUUGAUUUAUUAAGGCAUAAUUUGUCGGCUCCCAGUAAUUGCGCGACCAACAAACAAAUAUGGCUGACGAUAAUAAACAGGACCCCGAAAAAAAUCAACCAAAGCCGCCGGUCAGUCAAGAAGCAAUUGAAGAAACUGCUAGAAUGGCUGACGCGAAUACUCAACAAAACCCAGAGGACACCGAACCCACAACGACGCAAGACACAAGGACGCAACCACAACCCACACAAGACACAAUACAAGAAAUCGCUGCACCGAAACCCAUGAGAAUAACACCAGAGCCAUCAAGUGAACUCAUUACCACUAAAACAACAGAUGGGCAAGACGAACAACCGGCGCGUACGGUUGGCGCAGCGCCACCUGAACAGAGACCUGCUCACGAUAUAAUUGAGGUAGAUGAUGUGCAAUCAACAAGGUUGCCAAUGCCCGUGCCUUCCGAGAGGAAACUAAACGUGGACGAAACUGGAAAGGUAGACGAAACUGGAAAGGCGGACGAAACUGGGAAGAUGGACGAAACUCGGAAGAUGGACGAAACUGGAAAGGCGGACGAAACUGGGAAGGUGGACGAAACUGGGAAGAUGGACGAAACUGGGAAGAUGGACGAAACUGGGAAGAUGGACGAAACUGGGAAGAUGGACGAAACUCGGAAGGUGGACGAAACUGGGAAGGAAGACGAAACUGGAAAGGGGACGGCACAGUCGAAAAGUGUUUUGCUAUUAUCACCAGAGCUUAAACAACUGAGGGAAGAUGAUGUGGAAGCGGCGAAGCGAAAAACUAGCGCAAGAUCGAAAAGAGCUGUAAGCAUAAAAGAUGACGUGAAUUUGUUAAUUGAGGAGGAUCUACAAUUGACGAGCGAACAAAAGGAGGUUUUAAAAAAGUUCGAUGUUAUGAUAAAGCGGCCCGAUCAGACCGACAUGCCAGAAUUACAAAUUGAAGAUAUAAUACAAGUGAAACGUGCGUGGCUAAAACCAAUUGGACUCAGUAUCAUUUGGUUGCUCUUCACCAUACAAUUUGUUAUCUACAGGGAUUCACCGCUUACACCGACACUGAUCUCAAUCUAUCCGAAUGAAAAGCAUAUAAUCAACAUACCCUACGAAACGACAAAAGCAGUAUCGCUGUCCGUAAAGGGACCAUUCAUCAUUGAUGGUCACUUGGUUUAUGCGGGUAGGGAACAUGAAGCGAAUUUCUUAUUUCUACAAGCAGUACGUACAUUUUACGAUAAUAAGACAGAAAUUAUAACGGUGAAUAUUGCCGAUUUAUGGCGCGAAUAUUUGGAUACGAGUAAGAAAAUCGACAUGAUCAAGCCCAGUGAACGUUAUGUUUUGCUAACUUUAUGGAAAAACAUUUCCAAAGAUAAUGAAACGAGCAUGUAUUUACGCGCCUACACUGAUAUCGAUCAAGUUGUAACGGUGAAGUAUAAAUUCGCCUGGCUACCGGUACCCACACAGAAGGGCCUACUUUUUGCAGUACUCGUACUCGUAUUGCUCUACGCACUAUUCAUAUUCGAAGUCACCAAUCCGACAUUGUCAUCGUUGAUUUGCUCCACUUUCGCCUUAGCCAUACUCUCCAUAUUGAAUCCGAAACCCAGUUUCGAUACCAUACUCCAAUGGAUCGAUAUGCCAAUGUUGACAUUGCUCUUCAGCAUGAUGAUCAUUGUGGCGAUCAUAUCCGAUGCGGGUAUGUUCGAUUUCAUCGCAGUUUAUGCUUAUCAAAUAUCGAAAGGCAGUGUUUAUAAGCUUAUCAUGAGUUUAUGCUUCUUUAUCAGUGUGGUGUCGGCAUUUCUCAAUAAUAGCACAACAAUGCUGCUGUCGUCACCGAUUACGAUUAAAUUGUGCGAAGUGUCUGGCAUGAAUCCAGUUUCGGUGCUCAUCUAUUUGAUGAUAUGUGCUAAUGUUGGUGCCGCUUUUACGCCACUCGGCAGUCCGCCGAAUAUUAUUAUCACAACGAAUAAGUUCUUACAAGAGCAUGGCAUCACUUUCGGCGUAUUCGUGUUGAAUAUGGCACCCUGUACAUUACUGGUACUGCUGCAGUCAUAUUACCAAUUGCGCUUCUAUUCGACACAUUCCAAAAUGCUCGAUUACCAUGAAUCGAUUAGUAUACAGAAGGAGUUAGUCAAUCGUGGCAUACAACGUUGGCAACGCGCCUCGACAACGAUCGGCAGCUUCCUGGAGGACGAUCGUCGGCUACGUGGUGUUAUCAAUCGUGCAAUCGAUAAGAUGCGCGAGGCCACCAAAGGUGAUUAUAAAAAUCCCAAACACGAGGAAACUGUACAUCGUUAUGAGCGCACACUGGCCGAAUUGAAGAUGCGUCACGGCGUUGUCGAUAAAAUCUUGUUGAUUAAAUGCGCUACGGUGCUCGCGUUUAUUAUGACGAUUUUCAUGUUGCGCUCAUUUGAAUUCUUCAAUGUUAUUGGGUUUUCGUGGACAGCAUUGCUCGGUGCCAUACUGUUGCUCAUCUUGGCCGACAUCAAUGACUAUGAGGGUCUUUUGUGUCGCAUUGAAUGGUCCACAUUGAUGUUUUUGUCGUCGUUUUUCGUAUUGAUCGAAGUGUUGUCACAUUUGGGUUUCGAAGACAUCAUCGGUCAGAAUAUUACUAAAGCUAUCGAGAGUACGCCUAGCAGUUAUCAAUUGUUAGUCGCACUCUUGCUCAUAUUAUGGGUUACCGCUUUUGCUUCGUGUUUCCUCAACAACAAUCCGGUGACACAGAUGAUGGUGCGUAUUGUCGUGUCGAUAGCACAGAUUAAACACUUGGGUUUGCCGUUGGGUCCGCUCGUGUGGGCGCUGGUGAUGGGCGCUGGUUUCGGUGGGAAUGGUUCGUUGAUUGGCGCUUCGGCGAAUAUCGUAACAGCCGGUGUGGCGAGUAUGCACCUAUAUAAAUUGACAUUCCGUUCGUAUUUUUUAGUUGGCUUUUCAGUAAUGAUCGUUAAUCUGCUUGUUGCUUCGAUGUACUUAAUUUUCAUGUAUGUCUUAAUUGGCUGGGAUGGCAUGGUUUCCUAAAUAAAUGCGUUGUUGUUCACAA